AUGGGCUCGUGGCCGGUAAUGCGGCUCGCUGGAAGAUUUCCUCUCCUGCUGCUGCUUCAAUACUGGCUCCUCAUCGUCGGCCUGGUCGCCGGCAAGGUCACCUACGACCAAAAGGCCAUCGUCAUCAAUGGGCAUCGGAGGAUCCUAAUCUCCGGCUCUAUCCACUACCCCAGGAGUGUCCCUGAGGUACGUCUUUAAGACUCUACCCUCCUCAUACCUCGAUCUCUCUCCCCUUGAGAAUGUGGGUUCCCCAUCUGCCUGUUUCUCGUGUGGGUAUCCAACUUUUCUUCCUCUCUGCUCCCUUUUUGUUUUAAAUCGUUUCAGAUGUGGCCGGAUCUCAUUCAGAAGGCCAAGGACGGAGGGCUGGAUGUGAUCCAGACCUACGUCUUUUGGAAUGGGCACGAGCCUUCUCCGGGCAAGGUACCUAGGAGACUGGAAUCCGUCGGCCUAGUUUCCUCUCCUGUUCAUGUUUAAACUGGGUCUCAUUUCUAUGGCUGCAGUAUCAAUUCGAAGGGAGAUACGAUCUGGUUCGCUUCAUCAAACUGGUGAAGCAGGCCGGCCUCUAUGUUAAUCUCCGCAUUGGCCCAUAUGUCUGCGCCGAGUGGAACUUCGGGUAACGAAUCCAAAACCGUAAUGUCCGCGGAGGGAUUCGAGUGGGAAAGAUUAUUUGGAUGAAAGUUUUCAACUUUCUCUUUCUUUUCUCUUUGGGCGACAGGGGAUUUCCCGUCUGGUUGAAAUAUGUUCCCGGCAUCAGGUUUAGAACAGACAAUGGACCCUUCAAGGUUAGCAUCCACAGACGCUCAGAAAACGGAUAUAUUCUUGUACAAGCCGAUGGAUUCCCUAAUCCCAUACGCUUGCUCUUUCUUUUUUCCGGUGAAAAGGCCGCAAUGCAGAGAUUCACCGAGAAGAUUGUGUCUAUGAUGAAGUCAGAGGGGCUCUUCGAGUGGCAAGGCGGUCCUAUCAUCCUCUCCCAGGUUAUCUUCUCUGCCUUUCAAUUCUCUCACGGCUGACAUCCCUAGCUUCUUCUGCGAGAAAACAGGGAAGAGAUCGUCAAAUGAAGUUUCUGACUUUGUUCUUGGGUUUUGCGUGCGUUUUUCACGAUUACAGAUUGAGAAUGAGUACGGGCCACUUGAGUACAAUGGCGGAUCCCCUGCCCGAUCUUAUGCCAACUGGGCUGCCAAGAUGGCAGUCGGCCUCAACACUGGCGUUCCCUGGCUCAUGUGCAAAGAAGAUGACGCCCCAGAUCCAGUUGUACGUUCCUCUCCCUCUCUCUCUCUCUCUCUCUCUAUAUAUAUAUAUAUAUAUCUACCUAUAUUUUUUAAUGUUUUAUAUAUAUUGGAGGGAGAGGGAAAUUAUAGUUUUUUUUGCAUGGGAAAUUAUUUUUUGCUUGGACGAGCUCUCCCUGAUGUCUAUUUCUUCUCUUGAUGACAGAUAAACACCUGCAAUGGGUUUUACUGUGAUUACUUCUCUCCCAACAAGGCUUACAAGCCCACCAUGUGGACUGAAGCUUGGUCUGGCUGGUAAUUAAUUUUGUUUCUUCUCCUGGAAAUUCCCUCCUACUAGUAAUUUAUUUUCUUGAUCCCGCAUCUGACUAUUGGAACUUCAGGUUCACCGCAUUUGGAUCACCCGUUCCUCACAGGCCAGUUGAGGAUCUGGCCUUCGCUGUGGCCAGGUUCAUUCAGAAGGGUGGAUCCUUUGUUAAUUACUACAUGGUAUUCCUUGUUCUUUCGCAAUAUCUGUUCCGAAUUUUCGUUCAUAAAUUGUGUCGAGUGUGUGGAGCUGUAUUUAUUUGCGCAUAAUUCAUCAUAGAACCUAAGUUUUCUGGAUAUUCUGAUCAAAUUAUAAACUGCAAUUCUCACUGACGUGUUCUUUCACCAGUACCAUGGUGGAACCAACUUUGGCCGGACAGCUGGUGGCCCUUUCAUCGCCACAAGCUAUGAUUACGAUGCUCCCAUUGAUGAGUAUGGUAAGCUUGUCUACCCUAAAAUAUUUUUAAUACUUUAAUAAGAAGAGAAUUCAAUGAUUCAUACCUUAUUAUAAUCAGGUCAAGGAUACCAUUAUCUAGUUAUGCUAGCGCAUUAAAUACUGAAUCAGGGCAUUCUGGCUUCAUAAGCAGUGACCUUUUUAGAUAUUUUUUUCCAAUUUUACAUGAUGGAUCGUUCACUUUCUAUGAAAAAACUUAGAUAUUGUUAAUAUAUCAGACCAGCUGUACUCUGCUGGUUUACCGAUUGUAUGUAACAAUUAAUGGGCUUAAGCUAUAAACAAGAGAAAACGAUUCCUCAUUAAGAUAGUGAUUUCAGAAAAUUUAUGAAAAAAACUGAUGAAAUGUGUGUAAAUAGCUAAUCGCUGGACAGAAAAUUAGUCGGCUUUUACUUAUUUGGUGCAAAAUUCAACAAAUGUUUUUCUGUUCACAUCUGUAGGGUUAUUGAGGCAGCCUAAAUGGGGUCAUCUGAGGGAUUUGCACAAGGCGAUCAAACAGUGCGAGCCCGCUCUCAUUUCUGGAGGGCCCACUGUAAUAGCUCUGGGGAAUUAUGAGCAGGUUCGUGCUUCUGCACCUCUCUCUCCCUCUCUGGAAUCAUCAGUCCUUGAUCUCUUCCUGGCGAUGGAUCUGAACCUGUUCCUGUUCAUUCAUCCAGGCUCACGUAUUCAAGUCGAGUGGCGGUGCUUGUGCCGCAUUCCUUGCCAACUUUCACUCUACAGGGUAUACCAAAGUAACUUUUAAUGGGUUGCACUAUGAUCUUCCCCCUUGGUCCAUCAGCAUCCUCCCUGACUGCAAGACCGCCGUUUUCAACACCGCGAGGGUGAGGAACGCUUCGAUCAAACUCCUGAUUUUAAUUCCUGCCGUUUGAUCUUUUUGUUUUCUCUCAUUUUUUAUGAUUCCAGCGAUGGUAAUGGGUAUUUUUCUAAUGCUUGACUUGAAUUUUAUAUGGUUUUUUUUUCUCUUUUCUUUCUGAUGAUUCCAGCAACGACAUGAUCUUAAUCUUGGGUUUUUCUCUCUUUUAUUUCUGGAGAUUCCUGUGACGAUGAUGUAUAUAUUUCUAAUGUUUUCUUCGAUGUUAAUCCUGUUCCAGGUUAGUUCUCCGAUUGCGCAGGCAAAGAUGUCCUGGGCAGGUGAGUUUGACUGGAAGUCGUACAACGAGGAGACCAGCUCUGACGAUGAUAGAUCAUUCACAAAGGUUGGACUAGUGGAGCAGCUCAACAUGACGUGGGACUCGACAGACUACCUCUGGUACACGACAUAGUAAGUUUACUGGGCUCGAAGACUUUGACUUUUUUCCGAAGCUUGGAUUAAAUAUUAUAUAACUCUAUCUAAUGGUAAUUUUUAUCGUUUCAGCGUUGACAUUCACCCAGGUGAGGAGUUCUUGAAGAGUGGCCAAAAUCCAACCCUAACCGUCAUGUCAGCGGGCCAUUCACUGCAUAUUUUUGUCAACGGGCAGCCCGCAGGUAGGCUGAUGAAAUCGCCCUGGAAGUCUCUGAUCCUCUGAUAGUUAGUGUCCCUCGUGUAAGAUCGAUGAGUUUGACUUCCGAUUCCUCAGGCACUGUUUAUGGGAGCAUCGAGAGCCCGAAGUUGACUUUUAGCAGAGGCGUGAAACUGUGGGCCGGCAGCAACAAGAUCUCGAUCCUGAGCGUUGCCGUCGGUCUGCCGGUCGGUCAUCACUCCGUCCUCUUCAUGCCCACAUGCUUCGAAAUCCAAGUAGUUUAACGCCGAGCUCUGUUUUCUGCCUUUCUUCCUCUGGUUCAGAAUGGCGGGGAGCACUUCGAGACAUGGAAUGUGGGGGUCUUGGGGCCGGUGGUGUUGAACGGGCUCAACGAAGGAAGAAGAGACCUUUCAUGGCAGAAAUGGACGUACUCGGUCAGCCCCCUUCACCAUGAGAACACUUCCUCCCAUUAAUCUGAUACAUAUAUGGAUAUUAUUUUAUUUUCUUUCUUUCGAAUGAUCUGAAGAUCUCCCUCUUGCAGAUCGGUUUGAAGGGUGAACAUCUGGGUAUACAUUCUCUCAAUGGGAUUUCUACCGUCGAGUGGCGGGGAGCGAGUCCGAAGCAGCCGCUCACCUGGUACAAGGUCUGUUUCAGAGGAAGGAUCCUUACUCUCUCUCCUGUGAUCUGUGAUUUCUCAGAGAGAAUGAGUGUUCUUCGUGUUGGGUUCUAGGCUUUCUUCAAUGCGCCGGCCGGCAACGAUCCUCUGGCUUUGGACAUGGGCACCAUGGGGAAGGGCCAGGUGUGGAUAAACGGGCAGAGCAUCGGCCGAUACUGGCCGGCCUACAAGGCCCAAGGCUCCUGCGGCGGCUGCAGCUAUGCCGGCACCUUCGGCGAGAAGAAGUGCCAGAGCAACUGCGGCGAGGCCUCACAGAGAUGGUGAGGAGAUCCCAUCUUCGUGGAACUCCUGCUUCCUGCAGAAUUCUCUCUAAUGGCGGAUGAUUCGCUCUGGUUUUCAGGUACCACGUCCCUCGGGCAUGGCUGAACCCGACGGGGAAUCUGAUCGUCAUCUUCGAAGAAUGGGGCGGCAAUCCGGCCGGGAUUUCGAUGGUGAGGAGGACCUUGGGACGCUGA